AUGGGCUCCCGGCAGCACGUGAGGGACAUCCAAAGUGGCCCGCCUCUUCCCUAUACAGAUGAUAUCAGAGCCUACAAGAAGGAAUAUGCCGAAGCUUUAGAUGCUCAAGACCCGCUCCGAUCAUUCCGAGAUGAAUUUAUCAUUCCAUCCAAGAAAGAUCUGAAGCGGAAAACUCUGGCAGCAAAGGACGAUAAUGAGACAUCUGACCCAAAAUCAAUCUACCUCUGUGGUAACUCAUUGGGAGUUCAGCCUCGCAGUACGCAAAAAUAUAUCGAGCGGUACUUACGAGCCUGGGCCACCAAAGGCGUGACUGGGCACUUCGUUUCUCAUGAAGAUGAACUGCUCCCUCCCUUUGUCGAUGUCGACACGGCAGGAUCCAAGCUUAUGGCGCCUGUUGUGGGUGCCUCUCAGAGCGAAGUGGCUGUUAUGGGCACACUAACUGCCAACUUACACCUGCUUAUGGCAAGCUUCUACCGGCCCACUAAAGAGAAAUUCAAGAUCAUCUUGGAGGGCAAGGCUUUUCCCAGUGACCAUUAUGCUGUUGAAUCUCAAUUGCGCCAUCACAACUUCGAUCCAAAAGAGGGUAUGGUGCUAAUUGAGCCGGAGAAUCUUGACAAACCGACCCUCAGCACAGAACAAAUCAUCAAAGUUAUCGACAACAAUGCCUCAAGUACUGCACUCGUACUUCUUUCAGCUGUUCAGUUCUACACAGGACAAUACUUUGACAUUGAAAGGAUCACAGCUCACGCCCACUCCAAAAACAUCUUGAUCGGCUGGGACUGUGCCCACGCAGCAGGUAAUGUGGAUCUGCGUCUUCAUGACUGGAACGUCGACUUCGCAGCCUGGUGCAACUACAAGUAUCUCAACAGCGGACCCGGUGGAAUGGCCGGUAUCUUCGUCCAUGAACGCCACGGUCGUGUCGACGAGAAACAGUCCGACAGCGACGUGACGUUCCGCCCUCGUCUCUCAGGCUGGUGGGGCAGUGAUCUCGCCACACGCUUCAAUAUGGAAAAUAAAUUCACGCCCCAAACCGGUGCUGCUGGAUUCCAACUAUCCAACCCCUCCGUUCUCGAUAUCACCGCCGUUGUUGCAUCUCUUGAGAUCUUUAAUCGAGCAAGCAUGAAGGAAAUUCGUCAAAAGUCUGUCAAUAUCACUGGAUAUCUUGAACAUCUUUUGUUGAAGUAUCCCCUUGACGCAAGCGCAGCCGAUAAGCCUUUCACCAUCAUCACACCAUCAAACCCCGCCGAGCGAGGUGCCCAGCUUAGUAUCCGUCUCCAACCGGGAUUGCUGGAUCGAAUCUUAUACUCUUUGGAAGAGAAUGGAGUAGUUAUUGAUGAGAGGAAACCCGAUGUGAUUCGAGUUGCCCCUGCCCCGUUGUACAACACAUAUGCGGAAGUUUGGGAAUUCUGUCAAAUCUUCCUGGAGGCAUGCAAAGAGGCAGUUCAGGCACGCUAUUCUGCCAUGGCGAAGGAAAAGGAAGUCUCUGAUUCCCACAUCCGCCACGAAGUCUCCGAACGUGGGGAUGCCGAUGUGGACUACUCGGUUUUCUCAGAUGGCCAGCGCCGAUUCAUUGUGUUUAUGGCGUCUUGGGCUGGGUUUUUCUCACCCGUCUCUUCUCAAAUCUACUUUCCCGCUCUAAAUACUCUGGCGAAAGAUCUGCACGUCUCGAACUCAUUGAUCAAUUUGACUUUGACGAGCUACAUGAUCUUUCAAGGCUUGUCGCCUAUGUUUAUUGGAGACUUUGCAGAUAAGGCGGGCCGACGACCGGCAUACAUCGUAUGCUUCGCGAUCUACAUAGCGGCCAACAUAGGUCUUGCGCUUCAGAAUAACUAUGCCGCCCUGUUUGUCCUUCGAUGCCUGCAAAGUGCAGGGAGCAGCACUACCAUCGCCCUCUCGUCUGGUGUGGUCUCUGACGUUGCCAGUGCGUCCCAACGAGGUUCCUACAUGGGUUUCGUCACAGCGGGCUCUCUGCUAGGUCCCUCUGUAGGACCGGUUAUUGGAGGUCUACUAGCUCAAUACUUGGGUUGGAGAGCCAUUUUCUGGUUUUUGACCAUAUUUGCUGGUGCUUUCUUGGUUCCAUUUCUGGUGUUCUUCCCAGAAACCGCGCGCGGCAUCGUGGGAGACGGCUCACUGUCACCACAACAGUGGAACAGACCUUGGAUUGGCUACUUGAAGUCUCAGAAGAAUGGCGAGGGAGGCAUUCCUCAGCCAGAUGCAGUCAAGCGGAAACUCAAGUUUCCUAAUCCAUUCGAAACUCUAGCUAUUGUCUUCCAGAAAGAUACCAGUCUGAUUCUCUUCUGCAACGCCAUUCUGUUUGCUGGAUUCUAUGACGUGAGCGCGUCGAUCCCCUCGAUUUACAAUGAUCUCUACGGUCUCAACGAUCUCCAGGUCGGUCUCUGCUACAUUCCGUUUGGUCUCGGUGCCACCAUAGCUUCUAUUGGCAAUGGAAAAUUCCUGGACUAUAACUACCGCCGGAUUGCAAAGAAGUUGAAUUUCCCACUGACCAAGAAUCGGCACACUGACUUGCGGGAUUAUCCCAUUGAGAAGGCUCGUCUUCAGAUCGCAUUUCCUCUUCUCGCCUUGGGAAGUCUCAGUGUCCUUGCCUUUGGAUGGUCCCUGAACUAUGGCGUUCAUCUUGCCGCGCCAACGUGCAUACUGUUCAUCAUGGGACUGACCUUGACAGGAGCGUUCAACACCAUCAGUACGCUACUGGUGGAUCUAUACCCAACCCAAGCGGCCAAGGCUACUGCUGCAAACAACUUUGGGCGUUGCUUGCUGGGAGCUGGAGCGACGGCCCUGAUAGACCCCAUGCUGUCGGCUAUGGGCAAGGGCUGGUGCUUCACAUUCAUUGCACUCGUGAUGCUCGCCACGACACCACUGCUUCUCAUCGUUAUCCGCAAAGGCCCCGCCUGGCGCGAGGAGCGACGUCUGAAAGAGAAAGCCAGAGCUGAAUAA